CCAUUUGUUUUGGGUCUAAACCCUUGUUUCCGUUCCCGUGGAUCGGUCCCAGCCGCCGCCGCCGCCCCGCCCGCCGGCAUCUCCUCUUCCCCCGACGAGACCCGUCCCGCUUCAGGUCCGCCAUGCUUUCCCUGUCGAGGACGCUCGCGAGGCGGCUCUUCUCCACCGCGCCCGAGGGCGCCUCCGCCGCCGCAUCGACGUCGGUGGCGAGGAAGGCGCAGAACCCGCUCGAGGAGUUCUUCGAGGUCGAGCGGAGCACCGCGGACGACCAGCCCGCGCCCCACUACGGUCGUGGCUGGAAGGCCUCUGAACUGCGCCUGAAAUCCUGGGACGACCUUCAUAAGCUAUGGUAUGUGCUGCUAAAGGAGAAGAACAUGCUCAUGUCCCAGCGCCAGAUGCUAGCUUCAGAGAGUAUGGGUUUCCCAAACCCGGAGCGCAUUUCCAAGGUGAAGAGAUCGAUGUGCCGGAUCAAGCACGUGCUGACGGAGCGGGCCAUAGCGGACCCUGACCCGAGGAGGACCGCGGAGAUGAAGCGGAUGAUCAACGCCAUGUGAUCGACCCACGCCACGCCGCGCUUCAACUGUCCGUAAGCAGCAGCCGUAGCAGCAUUAGCAUCUAUUUACUGAAAAGAAAGAAUUUGCUUGGUUCCCUUCUUGUGUUUUAUGCCUGCCCCUGUAAGAUGCAUAAGACCGGCAAUCCUUGAGUCACCCGUGUAACGCCAUCCGCCCCCCGACAGCUCCACGGAUGAACGUCAACGGACUUGUGUUCGAAUAAUCAUGACUACCACCCGCAGCUGUGUGUUUGCACAAUGUGAUAUGCAUGUCCACUGGUUUCA